AUGUCUCUCCAGACAACGAUCCCCCCGGAAUGGGAAGAAGACAUUGGCGAGGUCGUCAAGACCAUCAAGCGAGAAUCUCUCGACCCCUUUGACAUUUUGCGACCUCCACACGAGAGCCCUCCUCUGCUCAUUGGCGUGGUUCGUGGGCCACUGGCGUCUGGCAAAACCAGAGUGCUUCCGCCAGCCAUCAAUGAGGCCCUGGUUCGAGAGCGAGCCGACACUCUGGUUGUGCAUUUAUCAACACAGCUCGAGAUCGGCUACCUCAAUGCCACAGAUGACGGCAGGCACCCGAAUGGAGGUUUCCCCAUCUACAGGGACUCGUACGACGGCUUCAUGAGGACUCUGCGUAUCAACUCGGAAACCAUGAGUGACGAGAUUGCCCCCGACGAGCGAGGACAUUCGUGGCUACAAGGCGGAAUCCUGCCACCAAAGGUGACGAUUCUGGUCGAGGAGGACAAGUCGCUAACCGCAGAGUUUUGCCUUUUACUCGUUGAGCUUCUGGGCUGGGCAGACGCCGCGGCUCGGGGCUCCCUUCCGCUGGCUUUUGAGGCCAUAUCCAUCUUCGUCAUUGGAUGUAGUGAUACUGACAGCGUCGUGUGGCCAUUUUUGGACAGCGCGGCGCAGGCGAUGCAGGCACCUCUCCCCGUACCCUCAUGGACACUGUGUCGUCCUCCAAGCCAGGGCCAAUACGUCGUCUCUGACCAAAACUUGGACGAAGAUCUGGGUCGUGUCGCCCAGCAAGUUUCCGGCUCAUUUUUCGUGGCCUCGGCAGCGCCACAGAAGCUUGCCGUGGUCUGUUUCCCGCCUUGGGAAAGAGCAGAAAGACUUCGAGGCCCAAAAAAGGACGUGCAAAAGAUUGACAGCUUCACGAUUCUGGAAGAUCUUGACCAUGUCUUUACGUCGGAUUACAGCCCGCCUGCUUUGAAGAUCAUCUGCCUGCCCCAUGGAUUCCGCGCCCCCGUGCAGCUCAAGGGCUUCAACCGCGUAGUCGUAUUCGGCAGUCCUCUGAUCGAGAAGCGAAUCACGGACGCCAGGACCGGACGAAUCGUCAUGGCACCCCUGCGCACCUCCAAAUACGAUGAGGUGGAAGAGGCAUCGUGGGCAUACCGAUCCGACUGCCCAGCCAACGCCGUGACGGUCUACAGGGGCACAGCCGAUCGACCGAUUGCGAAAAACGCGGAAAGGAGAACCAAGAUAAACGGCGAGCAUCAGGCCGGUUUCUUUGCGGCUCUCUCCAAUUCACAAUUCCGCUCGUCCUCGAUUGCCAGGUGCGCCGCCGAAAUGUUCUUCGUCUUCUCGGGUUUCCGCGAUGACUGCCUGAAGCAGCUGCGUCAAAUGCGAAUAUGCCGCGUGUCGCCGGGGUUCGAAUUUGGCGGCGGCGCAGAAAUUGGCGAUGCGGCGCGAAGCGCAUUUUACGAGCUUCUCCCCAUCUUUGAUUACGACCCGCGUCUUGCUCUCUUUGCGGCUCUGCCCAGUUCCGACCCCAAGGUGGCCGUCAUCAAGAUUCAGCUGGCCGCAUUGGUCAAGGUUGGCCUUGGUCAUAUCUUCAAGUUUCACGCCAAGUCUGAAGAUGUCAACACCAAAGCCAAGAGGGUCGAACUUCGGAGGCGACUAGCCAACGACUUGCGUGGCUACACAAGGCGCAUGGCUUCCCACGGGUCGCUGUGGACACUUUUGGCUCUCUGGAAAUCUGCAGCCAUCGAGUCUGGUUCCUUUGUGACGGACGACGCGGCCCUCGCGAGCAGUGGCUCUCUCCAGGUUGGUGAAGGGCUCGUCGGGAUUACCUUUCGGGAAUCGCGCCACGUCAUUGACCUGAUGUCGACAGUCUCACAGGUACUUGCUGCUCACCACGGCGUCCAGGCACAGCCCACCAAUUUUGACGAGGAGAAACAUGAAGAAUUCACCUUCCGUCACUAUGAAGAACUUCACAAGCAUCUCUUGCAAUGCUUUAUCCACAGCGCAGUUCUGGCUGCUCCAGCUCCAGAAGACGAGUCCGCCGGCGAGAGCCAACGCGCCGAAGAAAUGGACUUUUAUGACAUGCGCAGCUACAAGACUGUCUGUGGAAGCGUGUGGGUGUCAUUGGUCGACUUUGACUUUGUCGAGCGCAUCCAGAAACAAAAGUGUCCCCAACACAACGGCAAAUUGUUUGGGAUAUCUCUGGAAGCCCACAAACUGCCCGGAGAGCCCUUUAUCAGGGUCAUGGACUGGUUGUGGAUUCACCCGUCUCGAGUGGCGGAGUGGUUCAGAAUCGCUGGCAAUGGCCAAAGGGCACAAGAAACCUUUCAGCACGUCGCUGGACUUGGCGAGAACAUGGACGUGCUGUGA